CCAAUCACACGUCCAUGUAACUGUGUCCAAGAUGGCGACCUCCAUCGUUCUGUAUUAUACGUUCUCGCCAAUUGCAACAAAAUAACAUUAUUGUCACAUGUCAAAACGUUGUUGUUGGUCGCAGAAAAUACAACACGGUUUAGUAUAUUGAAUCGGAAACGUUAAAAUCGUCUCCAAUGCUUUGUACAUUUGUAGAACUGCGCGCGGUGAUGGUCUGAGGGGAUUUCCAAGCAUGGCCACCGAUAACAGAAUUCAUUUCUGGAGGAAAAACGCAAAGGUUCCAGGGAGUAUACAGCCAGUUUAUGGAGCACAGCAUCCUCCCCUUGACCCCAGAAUCCACCGCACGUUUCCUAAAGACACUCCAAAGGCAAAUAAUCUCAAGUCCAAAAAGGCGUCUAGUUUCCACGAGUUUGCCCGCAGCACAAACGAUGCCUGGGACAUCGACGAUGAGGAGGAUGAGGACUUCUUAGCUCCCAUCCAUCCCUCAUCUCUCCCGCCCACCCUGCCCUCCACACACCAGGUACCUCCUCUUCCUCCACAACAACCCAUUAACACCACCAUUGAGCCAGACACAGGGCCAGGGCCUGCAGACCGGCUGGCUCCCCCAACAGCAGAGGUCCGCCUUCAGCAUGAGGAGGCCAAUGGCAGAGUGGUGGUGAAGUCCAGCAGUGAGGCCCAGCUCAACACCAAUACAGUGCGUUCCACUCUGCAGAAGCAACAGUCUCUCCCAGUCCGCCCCAUCAUCCCGUUAGUCGCCAGAAUCUCUGACCAAAAUUCAUCGGGGGCCCCAAUCAUGACAGUGCGAGACAAGAGUCGAUUGGACAAAUUCAAAUACCUUCUGUCCUGUCCUAACACCGACCUCGAGGAGCUCCGGAAGCACAGCUGGUCAGGCAUUCCACGAGAAGUGAGGCCCAUCACAUGGAGGCUCCUCUCUGGUUAUCUCCCAGUCAACAUGGAGCGCAGAGACCUGGUGCUGAAGAGGAAGAGAGAUGAGUACUUUGGUUUCAUUGAACAGUAUUACCACUCCAGGACAGACGAGACUUACAAAGACACAUAUAGACAGAUCCACAUUGAUAUUCCGAGGACAAACCCACUAAUUCCACUUUUCCAGCAGCCUGCGGUGCAAGAGGUGUUUGAGAGGAUCCUCUUCAUCUGGGCUAUCCGCCAUCCAGCCAGCGGCUACGUCCAGGGAAUCAAUGACUUGGUCACUCCAUUCUUUGUGGUAUUCCUUUCCGAAUUUGUUGAGGAGGAUGUGGAGAAUUUUGACGUAGCGUCCUUGCCUCUUGACACCCAGAGGAACAUUGAGGCAGACAGCUUCUGGUGCAUGACCAAGCUGCUGGACGGAAUACAGGACAACUACACUUUUGCUCAGCCAGGGAUUCAGAACAAAGUUAAAGCUUUGGAAGAAUUGGUCAGCAGAAUCGAUGAGGACAUACACAACUACUUUAAGAGGUAUGAGGUGGAGUACCUGCAGUUUGCUUUUCGUUGGAUGAACAACCUGCUGAUGAGAGAGCUGCCUCUACGCUGCACCAUACGCCUCUGGGACACCUAUCAGGCUGAACAAGAGGGCUUCUCCCACUUCCACCUCUACGUCUGUGCUGCUUUCCUGAUCGAGUGGCGCAAGGAGAUCCUCUCCAUGGUCGAUUUUCAGGGUCUUCUCAUGUUACUCCAGAACCUUCCUACAAUCCACUGGGGGAACGAGGAAGUGGGCCUUCUCCUGGCUGAAGCAUACAGACUCAAGUAUAUGUUCGCUGACGCGCCCAAUCACUACAAGAGAUAGGCCUCUAUGCCACUGGUUGUUAAACUCUUUUUUUAACCGUGGCACACCUUGAUAGGAUAAAACAUUGUGCUGCACACCUGCAAUUUCCCUAUUCAUGUAGUGGUAAUGGCAUGCGUCUUACAUGAUCCAUACUGCAAAUCAUCUAUUUUCUGUGACAAAUGUUUUUUAUAGGUUAAAUGGAGUUAAUUUGAUCGUUCCUUAAUCUGAAUGUGUGUCUACCCCUUAAAGAGUGUCCUGUGAAUCCGAGUUAGAUUUUUUUUUUUAGGUCCGGUAAUAUAUAUAUAUAUAUAUCUAGUCUGUUACAAAUAUAUAUAUAUAUAUUUUACAGUUUGGGCUACAUAUGAACAGUUUUCUGCAUUGUUAAAGGUGCAACCACGGACACAAAGCCACGCUCCGUUUGUUUCUACGGCAACGGCUGUGGUACAGCUAAACCUAAUCAGACUUGGUUAUGCUAAUUGUUCUCACAGGCGAAGUAAAGGGAUAUAUAAAUGUCUUUUCUCGUGAUGCGCGCCCCUCAAAUGACAGCCUGAGCGCACUGGACUUGAAACAGCCACACAGAUGGAACCAUGUGCCAUUCAAUGUAUUAUCUGAACGGCGCUGGUGCUCCCAAGUCCAAAUUCCACAGUCCCCC